UUGCCCAAUCCGUAAGAGGAGCCUUCGCGAGAUUUCCGGAAAGAGCCCCUGUGAUAUUGCGUGAGAAACCCCUCGCACUUCCUUUUCUACCCAAGAUGGCUCCGAAGGCGAAGAAGGAAGCUGUCCCUGCCAAGACUGAAGCAAAGUCUAAGGCUCUCAAGGCCAAAAAGGCUGUUUUGAAAGGAGUCCACAGUCACAAGAAGAAGAAGAUCCGCACGACCCCCACUUUUAGGAGGCCCAAAACCUUGAGAUUGAGGAGGCAACCCAAGUACCCAAGAAAAAGCGCUCCUACCAGGAACAAGCUUGACCACUAUGCCAUCAUUAAGUUCCCACUGACCACCGAGUCAGCCAUGAAGAAAAUUGAGGAUAAUAACACCCUCGUAUUCAUCGUGGAUGUCAAAGCCAACAAACACCAAAUCAAGCAGGCGGUGAAGAAACUGUAUGAUAUAGAUGUUGCUAAAGUAAACACCCUGAUCAGGCCUGAUGGUGAGAAGAAGGCAUAUGUACGCCUUGCUCCUGAUUAUGAUGCAUUGGAUGUAGCUAACAAGAUUGGCAUCAUCUAAACCUGCAGUGGCAACAACUGUACAGAAGCUAAUAAAAAAAAAAAAAAAUAAA